GGUCAUUUGAGUGUUCGGUACUAAAAAAGUAUGAAAAUGAAUAUGAUAAAAUCAGGGCGGACAUUGAUGUUUAUGAAAUGGCAUAGCAGCGCGAUCGCGAAGUCAGUCUUAAGAGGAACGAAACGUAACGCAUCAUAUACAAUUCAACAACACAAACACGACUGCUUGGUUAUCGGUGCGGGUGGAGCAGGCCUUAGAGCGGCUGUAGGGCUCGCUGAAGCUAAAUUCUCCGUUGCACUUGUCAGCAAACUUUUUCCCACUCGCUCCCACACGAUUGCUGCUCAAGGUGGAAUGAAUGCGUCUAUAGGCAGCAUGCAUGAAGAUGAUUGGCGGUGGCAUUUCUAUGAUACUGUCAAAGGAUCUGAUUGGCUGGGCGAUCAGGACUCCAUUCAGUACUUGACGAUGAAUGCUCCCAAUUGCGUCUUUGAGUUAGAGAACAUGGGUAUGCCAUUUUCCAGAACUAAGGAUGGCAAAAUCUACCAACGGUCCUUUGGCGGUGGUACCAUUAAAAACGGUAAGGAGAUUGCAAAGAGAACGUGUGCAGUUGCUGAUAGAACAGGGCAUGCACUUCUUCACACGUUAUAUGGGUACACGACAAAAUUCAAGAACAUCGAUCUUUUCUCUGAAUAUUUUGUACUGGACCUAUUGGUACAAGAUGAAGUAAUUGUAGGUGCCUUGGCCUUAGAUAUGGAUGACAGCAGUUUACACAGGUGCACAACAUCAUUAUUUUUCUACUUCCCAUAG